AUGGCUACCACCAACGAACUCCCCGCCAUUGACGUGAACAGCUACGAUUACAUUGUCGUCGGUGGUGGCACCGCCGGCUGUGUGAUCGCUGCUCGUCUGGCCGAGUAUCUCCCCAACAAGCGGACUCUGGUCAUUGAGGGUGGUCCCAGUGAUUUCCAGGAUGACCGCGUCCUGAACCUCAAGGAAUGGCUCAACCUCUUGGGUGGUGAGCUGGACUAUGACUACCCCACUACUGAGCAGCCUAUGGGUAACAGCCAUAUCCGCCACUCCCGCGCCAAGGUGCUGGGUGGAUGCUCCAGCCACAACACUCUCAUCUCAUUCCGUCCCUUCGAGUAUGAUUGUCGCAACUGGGUGUCCAAGGGCUGCAAGGGCUGGGACUUUGAGACCUUCACCCGUAUCAUUGACAACUUGCGCAACACCGUGCAGCCUGUGCACGCUCGUCACCGUAACCAGCUCUGCAAGGACUGGGUUCAGGCCUGCUCCAGUGCCAUGGACAUCCCGGUCAUUGAGAACUUCAACGACGACAUCCGCAACACUGGUGAGCUGUCUCAGGGUGUUGGAUUCUUCAACGUCUCCUACAACCCCGACGAUGGCCGCCGCAGCAGUGCCUCCGUCGCAUACAUUCACCCCAUCCUCCGUGGAGACGAAAAGCGUCCUAACCUGACCAUUCUCACCAACGCCUGGGUUUCCAAGGUCAACGUUGAGGGUGACAACGUCACUGGUGUCAACGUGACUCUGCAGUCUGGCGAGAAGCUCACCCUGCGUCACAAGAAGGAGACCAUUCUGUGUGCCGGAGCUGUUGACACUCCCCGUCUGAUGAUGCUCUCUGGUCUCGGUCCCCGCGAGCAGCUGUCUGCUCUGGGCAUUCCCGUGGUGAAGGACCUCCCCGGUGUCGGUGAGAACCUGAUCGAUCACCCCGAGAGUAUCAUCAUGUGGGAGCUCAACCAGCCCGUCCCCCAGAACCAGACCACCAUGGACUCUGAUGCCGGUAUCUUCCUCCGUCGUGAGCUGCCCAAUGCUGCUGGCUUCGACGGUAAGAUUGCCGAUGUGAUGAUGCACUGCUACCAGAUCCCCUUCACUCUCAACACCACUCGUCUCGGUUACGACGAGAUCACCAAUGCCUUCUGCAUGACCCCCAACAUCCCCCGCCCCCGCUCCCGCGGUCGUCUCUUCCUGACCUCCGCCGAUCCCUCCGUGAAGCCCUCUCUGGACUUCCGCUACUUCACCGACCCCGAGGGUUACGACGCGGCCACCAUUGUGGCCGGUCUCAAGGCUGCCCGUGAGAUCGCCAAGGAGUCUCCCUUCAAGGAAUGGAUCAAGCGUGAGGUCGCCCCUGGCCCCAAGAUCCAGACCGACGAGGAGCUCUCCGAGUACGGCCGCCGCGUCGCCCACACCGUCUACCACCCCGCUGGUACCACCAAGAUGGGUGACGUGCGCAGCGACCCCAUGGCCGUUGUCGACCCCGCUCUGAAGAUCCGUGACCUCAAGGGUGUCCGUAUCGCCGAUGCCGGUGUCUUCCCCGACAUGCCCACGGUCAACCCCAUGCUGACUGUGCUCACCAUCGGUGAGCGUGCCGCCGAGCUCAUUGCCGGUGAGGCUGGCUGGGCUCGCAACCAGCCCCGCCUGUAG